AUGUUGGGUUGUUCUCUUCCGGCCAAAUGGUCGGACAUACGUAUCUUCCCCGUCCGUAUGUCCACCACACAAAAGGUGGUCAUAAUCUCAAUAGCAGCCGGUGUGGCCCUACUUGGCGUGAUGUCACGCUUUCUACGCCGACGAAAACCGCCACGUCCACCACGCAGAGCACGUAAAUAUACCAGCCGGAGGCAGCGUAACAGCAUGCGUAGCCCCAACGAUAUGAUAUCGGUGGCGGGUUCCAAAGCCUCGGCACGUUCUGGCAGUCCUGUAGCCUCUACCGUUGCCUAUUCACAAUCUGAUCGUAUGUCAAUGGCCAGUGGAUCAGUCGGAGCUGGUAUGGGUGGUGGACCCUUGGUCAUGUCAAAUCAAUCACAAACCGGUGGUAUUAUUACCACACAAUUAACAGCCCAACAACUUGGUGUUAUGGGCAUGGAAGCUCUCGAUACUGUCAUUAAUUUCUGGGAAGAUGCUUUGGCUGCUCACUAUUCACCUGGAGGUGUACCAGCCCUACUCACCACCGCUGAAGAAUCCGAAUUCUGUCGUGAAAUACAAAAUUUACUUGAUAUGGCAUACGCUUUGCAGGAACAAAGUGAGCUGCUAUUUCUUGAUCAACGUUCAGUGCUAUUUCGCGAUGAACCAUCAAUCGAUGAAGCUGAAGAAGAUCAAUGGGCUGCCUUAGAAGAUGUCGGUGGUAGUGGUGCGGGCACGGAUGAUGAUAGACAUUCACAUCGUUCGACAAGUAUGAGUCGUACUGGUUCAGAUCCAAAUUUCGAUUCAGCCGAAUCAUUUGCAUCGGCAUUGGAUCAGGUUGCGGAUAUGCGUGAAUUUGAAAGUUUUGCUGAAACGGAAUUCGAAGAAUAUCCUCUAUAUCAGACGGCAUUGAAACAGCAUGAGGAGACAGCGAUACCCUAUCGUACAUUGCGUACCGAAUUGGUACACUGUAGUAAUGAUACUGAGUAUUUGGCGAAAUUGCAUUGUGUUCGUUUGGCUUUUCAAUAUUUAUUUAAGGAUCCAGCUAUUGGCCAAUGGGUAAUUGAUACUGGCCGACAAAUCCUUACCGAUUUACUCUGCUUGGGUGACAAAGAUACCAAAGAAUUCUUGGUGGGAUAUGAAGAUAUGAUCAAUUAUCUGCAAAAUCCCAAUAAUUGGGAUGAAAUCCAAAAGGAAUUGGAAUCACGCAAUGUCAAGGCCAUGACAUUUUAUGACAUCUGUUUGGAUUUCAUAAUACUCGAUUCAUUUCGGGAUUUAGAUACCCCACCGGCCAGUGUUAUUGCGGUGGUGCAGAAUCGUUUCCUAUCAAAUGGUUUUAAGGAGACGGCCCUUACAACCGCCGUGUGGUCAGUGCUGAAGGCCAAAAAACGCAUGCUAAAAUUCCCUGAGGGUUUUAUGGCCCAUUUCUAUGUGAUUUCCGAGCAAUUAUCACCCCUCAUGGCAUGGGGUUUCUUUGGUCCCGAUGAAAAUCUCAAAGAUAUCUGCCAUUACUUUAGAGAUCAGCUAAUGGGCUUUUUGGCGGAUAUAUUUAGUUUUCAAAAAAGUCGUUAUACCACAUUGGAAGAUUUUGCCCAUGAUGUUUUGGAUCAUAUGAAGACACGGGUUAAUAAUAUAAGCAUUAAAUUUAGUCAAUAGA